AUGGAUGCUGUAGUCGGGGUGGUAGUGGAGUAUACAAUUGGACCCAUUUUGCAUCAACUAGGUUACCUCUUUCGUUACAAUGGAAAUAUCAAGAAACUUCAAGAGAAACAUAGAACUCUCGAGACUACUAAAGAUACCGUGCAAAUUUUGGUUAGUCAAGAUAAAGGCAAAGGGAAUGCAAUUUUCAAUGAAGUUACGAAGUGGUUGGAUAAUGUGAAGGAAGUUUCGGACAUGACAAAACAAAAUGAAGAACUUAAUCCCUCGUGCUUUAAUUUUGUCAAACGACAUCAAUUAUCUAGAAAAGCAAAGAAGAUGGUGGAAGAUAUUGCUGAACUCAUAAAUGAAGGAAGACAGUUUAAUAAAGAUAAUAUUGAUUAUCCUGUACCUUCUUCAGAUAUUAAUUGUCCUACCAUCCCUACAGAUUAUCAAAUUAUUGAGUCAAGAACUUUACUGGUUGAAAACAUUAAAGAUGCACUUGCAAAUCCUAAUGUGAACAAACUUGGAGUAUGUGGUAUGGCAGGUGUUGGGAAAACUUCGUUGUUGAAUGAAGUUAAGAAGUUAGUGUUGGAAAGCAAUCUGUUUGAUCGAGUGAUUCAGGUGGAAGUGGGUCAAUCUAAGAAUGUAAUCGACAUUCAAGAAGAAAUUAGAGGUGCAUUAAAUAUGCAAUGUGGGAAGAUAACAGCAUCUCUCCUACAGACUCAUAUUACUGAGAGGAAAGAGAAUAUCUUGUUUAUGUUUGAUGAUUUGUGGAAGGAUUAUGAUCUUGAAAAAGAGUUUGGAAUUCCUUGUCGUUCAGAAUCAAGGACGGAAGGGUGUAAGAUACUUAUGACAAGUCGUUCUCGACAUACAUUAACAAAUCAAAUGAAUAUAGAAAAGUUGUUCGAGCUGAAUUCUCUAACUAAAAAAGAGUCUUGGAAGUUUUUCAUCGCAAUAGUUGGUGAGUGUGUUGAAGAUGGAUAUAUACAACAAAUAGCAAAGGAUAUAGUUAAUGAAUGUGGAGGAUUACCGAUUGCACUUAAAAUUAUGGCAAAAGCAUUGAAGGAAAAAAGAGUAGAGAUAUGGAAGGAUGCUCUCAAGAAAUUGAAAAAUCCAGUUGUAGUGAAUACUGCAGGAGUUAGUGACCAAUUGUAUUCUUGUCUUCAAUUCAGUUAUGAUUCAAUAGAAAACGGACUUCAAAAGAUGGGGAGAGAAGGUAAAGUACAAAAAGAAAUUGAUUAA